AUGCCGAGAACUGCAUAUUUUCUAAAGGCAGAAUAUCAGCUAGGCUUUAAUUCCUGUAGAAAUUGUUCAUCAUCAACCUCCAACAUGAUUCAACUCCGCAAUUUGAAGACCUUCAGAUUGGUUCACUCAAUAUUUUCUUGUACAUUUGCUUCCAAAACAAACAGAGUGUUGGUUGGAGAUCCAAAACCCUCACAUUUUUCUCUUCUGAGUCAGUUGCUCUGUAGACACAUCACCUGCGAAAUCUCAGAAAACCAACACAAUUUCACAGUAACUUACCUCAUAAACACUUGUGGAUUGUCCCCAGAAGGAGCGAUUUUAGCUUCUAAGUGGGUCGAGUUGCAGUCACCAGAAAGAGCAGACUCCGUUUUAGAGCUUCUGAGAAACUAUGGAGCAUCUCAAACCCAGAUAUCAAAGCUUAUUAGGUCGCAUCCAAGACUUCUUUUAACUGAUCCUGAGAAAACCCUUUUGCCAAAGCUUGAGUUUUUCAGCUCUCUUGAAAUUUCAAAAGUGGACCUAUUAAAAACUCUGGCUUUUAAUCCAAAACUUUUGGCAAUCAGCUUGAGAAAUCGGAUUUUGCCUACUUAUAACUUCCUCAGGAGUAUGCUCUCUGAGAAAAAUGUUGGUGUUGUUUUCAAGCUCAAGUCAUGGAUUUUCUUGGAAGGUCACUGCAAGCAUGUGGUGCCAAAUAUUGGGCUUUUGAGAGAAUCGGGCAUGCCUCAACCAUGCAUUUCUUUUUUGCUAACUCAUGGUACUUGCGUUUUGAUGGUAAAUCCUGAAAAUUUUGGUCAACUUGUGAGUGAGGUUAAGGAAAUGGGAUUUAAUCUGGAAAAAUCAACUUCGGUGAAUGCCCUGUGUGCAUUAAGUGGUAAGAAUAAGUUGGUAUUGAAUAGAAGUCGCGAAGUUCUUAAGACAUGGGGUUGGUCUGAGGAUGAUUUUCUCUCUGCUUUCAGCAAGUACCCACAGUGUAUGGUUGUCUCGGAGAAGAAACUUAUGCAAGCAAUGGAUCUUUUAGUGAACAAGAUGGGAUGGUCGUUAGGAAUGAUUGCCAAAUAUCCUGUGGCCUUCGGUCUCAGUUUUGAGAGGAGACUUAUCCCAAGGUGCUCUGUUGUUAAAGUUCUGUUGUUGAAAGGUUUCAUAAAUGAGAACUUGAAUCUGGGUUCUCUGCUGAAACGAACAGAGAAGCAGUUCUUGGAGAUUUUUGUGAACAGAUAUCUUGGCGAAGUACCUGAAUUGUUAAGUGUGUAUCAAGGGAAGGUAGAUAUCCAGGAUGUCUGA